AACUGAUUUUUACUGUGAUUGGAAACUCAUUGGUUUUCAUGUAUGCUACAUGUUGUAUGGUUUCACGCUGGAAUGCGGAAGUAUUAGAUCGAGCACUGGAGAAUGUUGGCAUCUCCGAUUUUUCAGAGGGUGGACACCAAUGCGGAGAAAAAUUCAUCGCAAUGAUAGGAGAGUCGGUUUUACGUUCCACGAUUUCGUCCAAUACAAACGAAACAUUAAAUGUAGGACUUGGAUGAAGCGCGAAGCUCUUUGAAAGAGUCGAUCGUGUUCACCGAAUACGAUAAAUUUUAGCUUGGACUAGCGAUGAGCGAGAAAAAAACUUGGAACCAGGUUCGAGGCAAAGUGAAACUCAUCGACGCGAAAAAUGAUGGGUUUGUGAUUGUGAAGUGUUUUUCCUUGGGUCUUCCGGAGGGGAGUUUAUUGACCGAUGAGGGCCUUUGAACGACAAAGGGAGGUUGGGGCGGGAAAAAGAAAGCGGUAAAAGAGGGAGUGUAGUGGUGACCUUGGAGAAAAAAUGGGAGCCGCGGGACUGGUGCUGGGGAGUGCAAUCCUCGGACUAUUUUGUACCAGUUUCCCAAAGGGCGCGAUGACCAUCCCAACCAACAAGUGCGACGCACCUCCACCGUGUACCUGUGACGAUCACGGCAGAGUGACCUGCGAUUGUAAGGACGAAACCGAGGAGCUGAUUCUGACGUCGGAGGGUGAAAAGUGGUUAAAUUCAAGAACGAGUCGAAUUUCGGUGAGCAACUGCUCGUUGGUGUACCUGACAAACUCGAGUUUGAUCCAGCUCGAGGGUCUGCGGUCAGUCGACCUAGUAAAUGUUGCUAAUUUGACCUUGGACCGGCAAAGCUUCGAACUGUCUCCACGCAGUACAGAUGUGAAAAUCACCAUCAAGAACAGCAGCAUCGACCUACUGCCCAGUUUCACAUUCCGGGGCGACAUCGAGACGAUAAUGUUCGUGGACGUUAGAAUAAAUCAGCUGAGUUCGUACGCCUUCGCAAACUUGUUUAACACGGACACGAUAAGACUGGAGGAAUGUCACGUCGAGAACAUAGAAGCUCACGCUUUCAAGAAAUUCGAAGUGCGAUACUUGCACGUGAUCCGGGGAAGUUUUGGUGGGGUUGUGCCGAGUAGAACGAUGAAUGACAUCGAGGUGCACCAGAGUUUCAUGCUAGACGGGGUGAAAAUGGACACAGUGAGAAGUUCAGCUUUCAUAGUGAGAAAGCCAAAAACCGUGGCGAUUCAGAACUGUAUAUUCGAAAGUGUAGAGAGUGAAGCUUUCGAUAUUAGUGUUCGAGGUGCGGUUAUAGUGAAGAACAACACAUUCGGAAAUCUGGGAAUGGGAACCUUCCUGGAGUUGAAAGCAGACACAGAAAACAGGUCGCCUGGAACGUCAGGGGGUAGCCUCUACGACUUGAUAUUCAAGAACAACAGUCUGAGAACCUUUGAGGAGGGUUCCCUGAUAUUUGACAGGAGCAGUUUCAGACUCGAGGUAGAUAAUCUUCUAGUCGAACAACCUUGCGAUUGUGAUCAGUUACCGACCUGGAAAAGCGAUAUCCUUAAUUACACGAACGUCUAUUCAAGGUUAUACACUAAACAGAGCGAGAUUUUACCACAUACAUCAGAAUCUAUCAACGAAGGGCCAGAAACCUUUUUGUGUAUUGAUGGAUCAGGGGGUUUGCCGAUUACCUUUGUUGAUUACGAGUCGAGAAACUGCGCCUUAAGUGGCUCACUUCUAAUCCUAGUUCUCGCUAUCGUGGGAUUGGUUCUUGCGUUGCUAAUCAGCGCGAGUCUGAUCGUGUGGUGCUGCAGAAAGCGUCGUGAGGACAAUAGAAAAAGCUGGAUAAGCGUUCCGACGAGUGCACCGGACGUCGUGUCAAAAAAAAACGGCGUCAUCAGCAGAGAUGAAACGGGAACGAGUGCUCCGGUGGAUAGUAGGAUAACGAUGGUCGUGCCGGAUGGAAGACUCUACAGGGAGACUGAAUUCCACGUGAUCGUCGAGAAAGCGGAGCCACUCACGACAGAAUUAUAACGACAGCAUCCGCGAGCUUCCGGUUCUAGAGACCCGUACGUGCCACCGGAAGACUCGGAUUUUCGCGUUUACAGACUGUGAGAGGCUCGUGCAAACCUGAUCUAGUUUUAGGAGACCGAUAGUGAUGAUCUAGUCGUCACGACGACAGGCCAAGUGUUUCAGAUGCAUAUGGUGUACUGAUAAACUUUCCCAAUAAUAUUGAAAGAACAAUGGAACUAAAGUGAGAUGUAUUUAUUAUUUUCUAAGUCGGAAACUCGAAAUUGUACCUAGAUUUGAAACCGGUUUUUUGUUUACAUAAGUUAUUUAGUUAUUAUGAGGGUUGCACGGAUCACCAGGGUUGCGAAACACCUUGUCGAUAUCUGUACGUUACGCUACAUCAGGGAAUCAACGAUCAAACGGAUGGCUAGUUUCAUUGAAUACUCGCUAGUGCAACGCAGUUCGUAAGCUUCCAUUUACAUAUCAAUAGCGACGGUCAAGGAUUACCCUCUCAUAUCCCAUGUUGUUUCAGCAAAGCUUACUGGAUGAACGAAGUUGUUGCACGAUUGAAAACUACUGUCAACCGGGUCUAUUGUGAACUCCGGGGAAUAUUAUGACUUGAGGGCAUUACUCCGUAGAAUUUUGUUUUCUUUAUUGCAUAUCCUACAAAUGUUCUCAAUAUAAGAUGUACAAAAAGUCCUAUGAUACAAAAGAAAAAUUCCACGGAGUUAUAUAACAUAAAUGUUGACUCAGAUUGCCCCUGCCUGUAAUCUAUUAAUGGCUAAAAUUAUUAAAACAAAUAUAAAUCAAUUGUACCAUUAAGAGACAAUAGAUAUUUAGAGAGAUAAUGUCAAUAUGUAUCGCCGAGUGUUGACAUUUCGGCUCAAAAUACCAAUUUUCAGACGCAGUAAUAUCAAAGAUUCUUGGCGCACAAAUGAAUGAUGAAAAAUGUAACUAGCGUUAAUAUUGUAAAUAAAAUUCCAAAACUUCUUACUAACAUCAUUGUAAGACAUCGUAUCAUUUUUAUUGUGUUUUUAGUAAAGAGGUAGUAUGAACCUUGAGAGAUUGAUCAUCAAUUUGUUACGCCUUAUAACUUUUAAAAAUGGAAAAUCCUUUCAAGGUUGUUCAACCUCUCACGAUAAAUGGUGAAACAUUUUAGUUCAAUUAUUGGUUUACUCGCAUAACUGACUAUUCAGACCCGUGAAAGCUCACGUAAUCAGUUCUUUGUUCACAUUCCAUUUUAUCUUACAAGUAAAGAUCCAAAGAGUCACUAAAGGCUAAACAAGCUAGAGCUCUAAAGAAGUAUUUUUAAACUUUAGUCACAAUAAUAUGCUAAUAUAAUGAGCUGUACAGAACUUUCACUGUAAUUAUAUAAUUUCUAACGUAAGGAAUAUUUAAAUACUUUUUUAUCCUCUAGAAAAUUUAUAGAUUAUUUAAUAUAAAUAACUUUAGUUGAAUUUUUUUUUUUUUUUGAAAUGUUGAAGGUUAUUUAAAAGAUUCAUUUUACAUAAGAGUUAUGUGUUUUUAAAUAAGUAGCAAGAUUAACUAUGAAGUAAAGAUAAAACAUCAGAUUUUCAAUUCAAUGUGUACAUAGAGUGAUUGUGAUAAUUAAUGUAUUACUUGUCAGAGUGCAUGUGUUAUAAGCGAGGAAUCAAAAUCGUUUAAAAAUAUCUUGGAACUACGUGGUGAAUUAUAUUACUAAAUUUACAAAUUUAUAAAUUCUUAUAUUUUUUCAUAAAGAAUCGUAUCUUAAUUUUUAUUUCAUUAUCCAAAUCUUCGGAUGUAAACCUAUUUUUUCUCUUCUUUUCUAUAUCAGAAGGCUAAUUUUAGUAUAACAGACAGAAAACAAGUCACCAAUUUUAUUAGAGUUAAGCGAGAUCCGACUAAUCAGAUGUAAAUACAGAUUCAAUUUCCGAUACCAGCAACUGUUAGGCAAAUCCAAGCCUGAGCAAAAUAAAAAAAGAAAAAGAAGGGUGGUCGACCGUCGUUAUAAUUUCUAGCUUUACCGUUACUUAGCUUUCGAGAGUGCUAGUGUUCCGUAUUGAUUAGCUUUAAGGAAAAUUCCGUGAAAAUGAAGAAAGUAAUCGAGUUAGGGAAGGUUUUUUCUAACCGAUAGGGAAAGAAAUAAAUGUAGGCCAUAAAAAAAAUCUUCCGUUCGUUUCAUGCUCCUUAACCUCAGUAGCGGUUAAGUCACGUCAAGUGUUUGUGCAGAGUUCAGUUCAUACCAAUCAAAGCCAUUACUUAAAUGAGAUUCGUGGCAAUUGAAACAAAGAAUAACGUUGAACCAACCGCAUUUUAAAAUUCCGAAUUAAAACUCUAAGUUGAAGAAAUAUCGAUUAUGAGUAAUUAAUGUUCUCAAGCUUAACCAAGAACCUUCUUAUAAUGUAUAAUGUACCUAUCAUUUUCGAAGUUUUUUUUUAAAUUUAAACAUCAAUUUUUAUUUCAACACUUCAUAAACUGUACAAUAUUUUUGACAAAAUGCAUUUAGUUCCUUUCUCUAAGUAUCGAGUUACUGCCAAAUUAAAGUUUUUAGAAACCGUUUAUCAUUGUAAAAAAAAUGUUUUUGAUUGUGUAUUGCCAACUGAAAAUCGUAGCUUGCAAAGAAUAUAAAAAAUAUUAUUAAUUAUGUAACUCUUUGUUUUCAAACGAAAGUAACAUCAAGCACUCUGUGUAUUUACAAUGAUUUUCCUUCGGAUUUUCCAUACAUCGCUAAAUAAACAACAAUGCUUAUCUUCGAAAUGCAGGAAAUUCAACAAUCAAAAUGGGAAAUUGAAACUUCUACUUCGACUGCAAAUAAACGCAUGUCACUAAAUAUUGAUAAACGCAAACGAAUUUUCAACAGAUCGACGGCGUUUACUAAAUGAGAUUUUUAAACUUUCGUUAAUGACAGAUUACUGAAAAAGCGGAACAAUUGAAUAUGAACAAUAAUUUUUUCAAAAGCCCUAAAAUAUAAUUAGAAAUCUUUUGAAAUCCCUGGAAAAUCAUUAAGCUCUUAAAAAUUCGUUGAAAUUUUGUUAAU